CUUCUGCGGAGGCAGCGGGGCGGGGGCCUCCCCGCGGCAGGGGCCGCCGGCCGAGCGCCCCGGGGGCUGGUCGGGCGGUGGAGACGCCGCCGGGCCUUUCCCCUCUGUAGCCGCUUGUGCCCUCCUUUCUUUGGGGCGAGGACGUGCUGGCAGGGCGAGAGGAACCGAGGAGCUGAGACAGCGCCGCGCCCCCCGGGCGCUCCGCACCGCCGCCGGGCCCCCGGCCCCGCACCGGCGCCGCGAUGGACCCUUGCUCUUCGCUCUUCAGCUACGUGUUAAUGCACUUGUUCGUCCUCUGCCUGCAAGCCCAGGUAACUGUUCAGUCCCCACCUAAUUUUACACAGCAUGUGAGGGAGCAGAGCCUGGUGACAGAUCAGCUCAGCCGGCGGCUUGUCCGUACCUACCAGCUGUACAGCCGGACCAGCGGGAAACAUGUGCAGAUCUUGGACAACAAGAAAAUCAAUGCGAUGGCAGAGGAUGGGGAUGUGCACGCCAAGCUCAUCGUGGAGACAGACACCUUUGGGAGCCGCGUGCGUAUCAAGGGGGCAGCCACAGGUUUCUACAUCUGCAUGAACAAGAAGGGGAAGCUGAUUGGCAAGAGCAACGGCAAAGGCAAGGACUGCGUCUUCACGGAGAUCGUGCUGGAGAACAACUACACGGCGCUGCAGAACGCCAAGUACGAGGGCUGGUACAUGGCCUUCACCCGCAAGGGCCGCCCCCGCAAGGGCUCCAAGACCCGGCAGCACCAGCGGGAGGUGCAUUUCAUGAAGAGGCUUCCCAAGGGCCACCAGACCACCGAGCCCCACAGACGCUUUGAGUUCCUCAACUACCCCUUCAACCGGAGAAGUAAAAGGACUAGAAACUCCAGCUCCAGAGCGGGCCCUUGAUGUGCCCGCCCCUGCCUCCUCUGCCUGCAUCUCUCCUGGAGGAUGCUCCUCUGAGCUUGGUGGACUAUAUGUAGAGACUUUCCCAUAUGGGUAUUAAAGAAAACAAAA